AAAAUGAAUUUAAAAUGUCAAAGUUGUCAAAUCAAACGUCACUGUCACAUUCGCCAGCCAUAGACGAUAGACCUCUUUUGUGUCCAUUCAAUUAGAGGACACAUGUAAUUUUGAGCCGAUUUUAUUUUUAGGUAUUAUCGAGCAUAAAGUAUUCAAAUUAAUUAAUAACAAUGCCCUCCGACGCUAAGAAACGUGAACAACAACGUAAAAAAGAUGCAGCAAAAGCCAGACAAGCAGGAAAAAAGAAUGAAAAACAAAAAGGAGAAGAGCAAAAUGACACUCUUAAAACAAAUGGUCUCAGUAAUGGUGCAACAAAUGGCUCGAGUGAAUUAAGUGCUGAAGAAGCCUUAUGUGCAAAACUUGAAGCGGAUGCCCGUUUGAAUGCAGAGGCUCGUGCAUGUACUGGUUCUUUAGCAGUGCAUCCAAAAUCUAGAGAUGUGAAAAUAGAUACUUUUUCCAUUACUUUCCAUGGUUGUGAAAUGUUACAAGAUGCUUUAUUGGAAUUGAACUGUGGUAGACGAUAUGGUCUUCUAGGUUUAAAUGGAAGUGGAAAAUCCACAAUUUUGGCAGUACUUGGUAACAGAGAAGUGCCCAUUCCAGAUCAUAUAGAUAUUUUCCAUUUAACUAGGGAGAUGCCUGCUUCUGAUAAAACAGCCCUUGAAUGUGUUAUGGAGGUAGAUGAAGAAAGAGUAAGGUUGGAAAAGUUGGCAGAGGAGCUAGUUGCAUGUGAAGAUGACGAAUCUCAGGAACAACUAAUGGAUAUCUACGAGAGAUUGGAUGAUAUGGCAGCUGAUACAGCUGAAGCAAGAGCUGCUAAUAUUCUACAUGGUCUUGGUUUUACCAGAGAAAUGCAGAAUAAGAAGACUAAAGAUUUCAGUGGAGGUUGGAGAAUGCGUAUUGCACUAGCUAGAGCUCUUUAUGUCAAGCCACAUCUUCUCUUAUUAGAUGAACCUACCAACCAUUUGGAUUUGGAUGCCUGUGUAUGGUUAGAAGAGGAACUAAGAAAUUAUAAGAGAAUAUUAGUGUUGAUAUCACAUUCGCAAGAUUUCUUAAACGGAGUAUGCACAAACAUAAUACACAUAAAUAAAAAAAGGCUCAAAUAUUAUACCGGCAAUUAUGACGCCUUUGUUAAGACUAGAAUGGAACUUUUGGAAAAUCAAAUGAAACAGUAUAAUUGGGAACAAGAUCAAAUCAACCAUAUGAAGAACUAUAUUGCACGAUUUGGUCACGGAUCAGCAAAGCUUGCGAGACAAGCGCAGUCCAAAGAAAAAACGCUAGCCAAAAUGGUAGCUCAGGGUCUAACAGAAAAAGUGACUAGUGACAAAAUUGUCACUUUUUAUUUCCCCAGUUGUGGUACUAUACCUCCACCAGUAAUUAUGGUACAAAAUGUCAGUUUUAGAUAUAACGAUUCUACACCUUUGAUUUAUAAAAAUUUGGAAUUCGGUAUAGAUCUGGACACUAGGUUAGCGUUGGUGGGACCCAAUGGAGCAGGAAAAAGUACUCUCUUGAAAUUAUUAUAUGGUGAUCUUACUCCAACAGAAGGUAUGAUUAGGAAAAACUCUCAUUUACGUAUUGCCCGGUACCAUCAGCAUCUACACGAACUGCUAGACUUGGACCUCUCGCCGCUUGAAUAUAUGAUGAAAGAAUUCCCUGAUAUUAAAGAAAAAGAAGAAAUGAGAAAAAUCAUAGGAAGGUAUGGUCUUACAGGGCGUCAACAGGUAUGCCCUAUUAGACAAUUAUCUGACGGUCAACGGUGCAGGGUAGUAUUCGCUUGGCUAGCAUGGCAAGUACCUCAUAUGCUUCUUCUUGAUGAACCUACGAAUCACUUGGAUAUGGAAACGAUCGAUGCUCUUGCAGAUGCUAUUAAUGAAUUUGAAGGAGGAAUGGUGCUUGUUAGUCACGAUUUUAGAUUAAUCAGUCAGGUUGCGGAAGAAAUUUGGGUAUGCGAAAAAGGAACAGUAACGAAGUGGCAAGGCGACAUUCUUUCAUACAAAGAUCACUUGAAAACUAAAAUUUUGAAGGAUGCGGCAAAACGGAAAUAAUGAUAAACAUUUAAAGCAAUACUUCAGAUUAUUAGGAGCUAUUGAAGAAACUGUAAUUCUUUUAUCACGUUAGAUUCAUUUUUAACAUAAAAUUAUUUAAGCAUAUUGUAUGGUAUGUCGAAAUUAAAUGAUUGGCCGGCCUUGGUUUUAUUUAUUUAAUAAACGUGUUUCAUAUAUAAGUUGUUUCAUUAAAUCAUGUUACGAAUACAAAAGUGAUAUUCAAAUCCAAGUAUUUCAUUGAUCUAUACUAAUAAUUAGAUUGUUUAUUAUUGUCUAAAUAUACAUUUAUUUAUGUGCUUUAUAUAAAAUUCGACUAAAAUCGGUCUUUGGAAGCCAUACAUGCUAGCUUUUUUAUAACACUCAAAACCGUUAGUCAUCUAAUUAGGAAGAUGAUGUAUAUCUUUUGUAAUGCUAUUAAGUUUUUGAUUAUUUAACUAAAGUCUUUUUUCGGUGAGGCAUAUUUGCAUAUUGUUAUAUUAUGGGCUUCAAAGGAUUGAUUAUUAAAAAAAUAUUAGAAUUAGGCUUUUUUUAAUUUACACUAGAAAAUUAUGCACAUUUCUUAGCAUUUAACAUCAUUAGCUAAAAUUUACCGACAGUUUUUAAUCGUGAUUGGUAGGUCCUCUUGAACAUCAUUGUGAUAAAAAGUAUUUAAAACAGAGUAAUAAACAAAUUGAAAAUUG